AUGGGUGGCGUCAAUCUCUUGGAGAUAGUCAAGAAAAGCCUCCUGUCUGGAGGCAAUAGCCUUCACAGCAUCUCCCUCAACAAGUCUUGUCAAAGAUGGUACUUUCCGUUUCUGAGCCACACUGUGAUUUCCAGUCCAGUGCCUGCUCAGAUCCGGGACACAGUCCUUUGUGAUGCCAAAGCAGCUGACCAAUCAGGACUCAAGGGUGUGGCCUUCCAUUGUCCUGGGUGGCUUCAUAAGUCCAGUGCCCCAGCGCUGUUGAGGCAGACCAAACCAGGCUUCAGAAUGGGGAAGGCCACCAAAAAGUCGCAGGAUCCUCGUACAGAUGUGAGCCCAUCAACCUCCGGUACCGUGACCCAAAAGCCCAAGAGUCGCCGCAAGCCCAAAACUCCCAGCAAGAAGAAUGGUGGUGAGAUCAGCUUCUGCUUCAGAAACCCCAAUAAGGUCCGUAAGACUAUCAAGAAGGGCAAGAAAACCCCGCCACCACGGGCCUUAAAAAGAAAGGCAUCUGAGAAAACUGCGAAAAAGACUAAAAAUGUCAUCCGGAAAGCAAUGUAUGGUCACUACCAAGACCUGGUGAAAGAACUAGCUCGCACUGAGACUGACCCAGACCACAGCAGCUUAGGGAGUUCCACUGCUUCAAUAACUGACAUGGAGAGUCAAUAG